AGGGGUUUGGUAGACGGACCACGGGCAAUUAGCCUGUUGGCAUCCGCCGGAAACAACCGGACUCCAGUCAAAGCAAGUCUUAUGUUACCCAACGAAACCUUGGUUGUCUUUAGUUACCCACAUAGCUGAACGCCUCCUUUCAGAUUUCACUGUUUAUUGAUUUCAUCCAGCGGUUAAGUCCUUCGUGGUGACGAUGGGAGUACCGAAAUUUUACCGAUGGAUUUCGGAGCGCUAUCCGUGUCUCAGUGAAGUUGUCAAGGAACAUCAGAUUCCAGAAUUUGACAAUCUCUAUCUGGACAUGAACGGGAUCAUCCACCAGUGUUCCCACCCGAACGACGAGGAUGUCCACUUCCGCAUUUCCGAGGAGAAAAUCUUUGCCGAUAUCUUCCAUUACCUGGAGGUUCUCUUCAGGAUCAUCAAGCCUCGCAAGGUCUUCUUCAUGGCGGUGGACGGCGUGGCGCCGAGGGCAAAGAUGAACCAGCAGAGAGGACGAAGAUUUAGAUCGGCCAAAGAAGCAGAGGACAAGAUAAAAAAAGCUCUGGAUAAAGGAGAGGUGCUUCCCACAGAGGCUCGCUUCGACUCCAACUGUAUCACUCCUGGCACCGACUUCAUGGCCCGACUCCAGGAGCAGCUCAAGUAUUUUGUCCACAACAAACUCUCCACUGACAAGCUGUGGCAGAACGUCAACGUAUACCUGUCCGGUCACGAGACUCCUGGUGAGGGGGAACACAAGAUCAUGGAGUUCAUUCGCUCAGAGAACACAAAGGCGACUCACGACCCCAACACCCGGCACUGCCUCUACGGCCUGGAUGCCGACUUGAUCAUGCUGGGUUUGACCAGCCACGAGCCAAAUUUCUCCCUGCUCAGAGAAGAGGUCCGCUUCGGAGGAAAGAAAAACCAGAAAAGGAUAUCUGCUCCAGAAGAGACAACCUUCCACCUGCUUCACUUGUCUCUGAUGAGGGAGUACAUCGACUAUGAGUUCUCUGAGCUCAGGAACCAGAUUGGUUCUGAUUAUGAUUUGGAGAGAAUAAUAGACGACUGGAUCUUAAUGGGCUUCCUGGUGGGAAAUGAUUUCAUCCCUCACCUCCCCCACCUUCACAUCAGUCACGAUGCUUUGCCGUUGCUGUACAAGACCUACAUCAGGGCCCUGCCCACCAUGGGAGGUUACCUGAAUGAGAACGGCCACCUGAACCUGAGAAACUUUGAGCAAUACAUAGAGAAGCUUGCUGAGGUUGACCGGGAACAUUUUCGUGAUAUUUUUGUGGACCUGAAAGGGUUUGAGAGCAAAGUUGGUAACCAGUAACCGGACCAGGGAGGCGGACGUGGAGCUGAAAAAAGAAACUCCCCGAAAAGACACCGUCAAGAAAGAGGUUUGGAAUCUACCUCAGAAAGAGUGAUUGGAGAAGGAAAAGGAGCGGGAGGCGACGAUGAGGAAGAGGAGGAUGAUAUGUUUGAAACUGAGUUCCGACAGUACAAGCGCACCUACUACAUGACCAAGAUGGGCGUCGAUGUGGUGUCUGAUGAGUUUCUUGCCACGCAGGCCAAGUGUUACGUGGAAGGUAUCCAGUGGAUUCUUCACUACUAUUACCACGGGGUCCAGUCCUGGAGCUGGUACUACCCCUACCACUACGCCCCCUUCCUGUCUGACAUCAGGAACAUAGCCGACUUGAAGUUAACCUUUGACCUUGCUAAACCCUUCAUGCCCUUCCAGCAGCUAUUGGCAGUGCUGCCUGCUGCCAGCAUGGAGCUGCUGCCUGAGAGUUACAGGCACCUGAUGACCAGUGAAGACUCCCCAAUCAUUGAGUACUACCCUCUGGACUUUAAAACGGACCUCAACGGCAAACAGCAGGAAUGGGAGGCUGUAGUUCUUAUUCCAUUCAUAGAUGAGAGGUGUCUACUAGCAGCCAUGGAACCCUUUAAUGACAAAAUGACUAAAGAAGAAAAGGCUAGGAACCGUCACACAGAGUGUGCCGUCUACUCGUACGACCCGGAACAGGACUGCAUGUACACCUCCAGCCUACCUCAGCUGUUCCCCGACAUCGUCCACUGCCACGUCAGGAAAACGGACAUCCCCAUGGACGCGUGGCACGUAGCGCUGGACCACGUCAGCAGACGCUUUGACCGCUCAUCUCUGUACUUCUGUGGCUUCCCCACACUGCAACACAUCAAACACAAGUUUUUCAAGAAGAAGAGUGGGGUGGUCGUUUUCCAGCAGAGCAGCAGAGGGGAGAACAUGAUGCUGAAUAUCCUCCCCGGCCAAGAAGGAGAGCCGGUGUGUGAUAACGUUGCUGAACAAGUACUGGGGAGGUCGGUGUUCGUCAACUGGCCGCAUCUAGAGGAAGCUCGCAUCAUUGCAGUGUCUGAUGGAGACGUCAAGUUUUGUCUGGAGGAACCCCCCGGUGUGCAAAGAGUGUAUGACCGGUCCUCCACUCCCCCCCCCACCAAAGUCAACUGCCUGUCUGACAAGGAGCAGAAGGACUGGGUGAAGGACGUGCAGGGAGUCACCGAGCAUUUUGUGAAGAGGAAAGGCAUCGUGGUGAAUGAAACGUCGGUGGUUUUGUACGGCCAGUUGCUGUCGGGAAGGAAAUACAUCCCUAAAGCCAACGGUGUGGUGGAACUGGAGAAACAGUGGGCCAAGCAGGUCCUCCCUUUUGCCUUCCAGACCGUGGUUAAGGACAUCGAGGCCUUCUACUCAUCUCUGACCUGCUUCAAGAGCUUAGAUGAGCUCUUUCCUCCGGCCACCACCGUCUUCAUGGUGGGGAACCCUUACUACGGGGCCGUGGGCGAGGUGCAAGACUCAAGUGACGUCAUUAAAGAGGGCCGGGUCAGAGUGGUCUUCAACGUGCCGCACGAGCCCCAGCUGGAGCCCCUGAUCCAGAAUCAGCACAAGUACUGUGUGAAGUACAGUCCCGGAUACGUUCUGGCAUCUCGCCUCGGCAUCACCAGCUACCUCGUGUCCCGCUUCUCAGGAAGCAUCUUCAUCGGCAGAGGCUCUAAGAAGAUCCCCUGUGGGGAGCAAAAAGCUAAUGUUGGCCUCAACCUGAAGUUCAACAAGAAGAACGAGGAGGUGCCUGGGUACACAAAGAGGACCGAGAAGGAAUGGCUUUACUCUUCUGCUGUGGAAGAAUUGCUGGCGGAAUAUCUUGAUCGAUUUUCUGAAGUAUUCGACUUGGUGUCCAGAAACAGUCAUGAUGAUGUUUUCUAUGAAGAUGACAUCUGGUCUGGAGAGGACCAGAAUAGUGCGGAGAAGGUCGCCGAGAUCACCUCGUGGUUGAAAAGUCACCCGGUGAGCUCCGUCGGCCGGACGUCGUGUGACCUCCAGGUGCUGGACUCUGCCAUUGUGGAGCGGAUCGAGGAGGCGGUGGAGAAAGCCAAGGUGAAGAAGAGCACCAAGAAAGUCCGUGUUACAGUCAAGCCUCACCUCCUCUUCAGGCCCUUGGAGCAGCAGCAGGGAGUUGUUCCAGACCCGGAUUCAGAGUAUCGCCUGUUCGACAGGGUCAUCAACACCAGGGAGAGCUUCACCGUCCCACUGGGACUCCGCGGAACUGUCAUCGGCAUCAAAGGAGCGGACCGCGAGGCAGAGGUUCUCUAUGAGGUGCUCUUUGACGAAGAAUUUGCUGGCGGUCUCAACAUCAGGUGUACCUCACCUCGCUGUUACCGACUCCCUCCCUGCGCGCUUAUCAACCUUUCCCACGGCGCCCGGACGGAUCAGACCUCCCACAAACUCACAGCCAUCGUCAAACCUCAGCCGGCUGCCAUCUUCAGCUCCCAGCGGCAGCAGGCCGGCCUGAACCACUCUCCUCGUUCCCCCUUCACGCCCACACAGCAUAACAACAAACACAGUGGGGGGAAGGCGGCCUCCCAGGGCAACAGGAACUCUCCCGCUAAGGGUCCCAUGCAGAAACCGCAGACCAAGGAGUACAGCAACGUGUGGCAAUCUCUGCAGAACUCCGGUCCUCCUCUCAAGCCUCCAGCUCAAUGGCAAAACGAAGAGUUUACCCAACAGGGAAGGAACCAGCAGUCCAACAAAUCCGCCCCAGCUGCUGCCAUCAGACUGUUGAAGAAGAAUGAAGAUGGCAACACCCUUUUCCCUCCACAAAACACAGCCAAUAAGGCUUCAACGGAGUUUGAGGACCUGAUAGCCAGUCUGAACAUCUCCAAGGGGAGCCAGCAGGCCCCAACGCCUCCUGCUCCCCCACAAGCACCCACCAGCCAAUCAGACGGCCCGUUGUCUCCCCAGUCCUUCGCCAUGAAAGGAACCCUGAUGCUGAAGGAGAUGCUAAAGAUUGACGGAGCUGGAACAGGAAGUCCGGCCUCCCAGGAGGCAGCCGUCGGCGGAGGCCAGCAGCACAACCGGCGCCGGUCGUCCAAGAAACUCGCAGCCAAUAUGAACGCCCCCCACAGUGACGCGGCUGCAGCGGCUUCCCCCUCAUUGGCCGGCUCUGCCAACUUGUCCAACGCCGUGCUGACCAGCAAGGUGGCAGAGCUGGCGUGUGUUUGUGCUGGGUUGGGAAUGGCUCCACCGGAUUUCAGCUACAUAGGCAGCAGACAGGGCCAGGCGGUGGUGUGUCAGGUGAAGCUGUCCAACGGGUUGAUGGUUCACGGUCCGCAGUGCCAAUCAGAAAAUGAAGCCAAGGAGAAAGCUGCCUUCUUUGCCCUCCAAAGACUGAACUCAGUGGGAUCUGGCUUCUCCCUCCCACCUCCUCUAUUCCCAGGAAUGAGUCAGAUACGGCCCCCACCCUUAGGACCCAUGACGCCCGUCUUCAACCAGCAAGGCGGCAUGCUGUUGCCUCCCCAGGGGUUUGGCCCUGGCCCGCUGUGGAGAAUGCCGCUGCCUCCUCACCACCCCCAGAACCAGCCGUUCUACGGCCCAGCCGGAACCUUCCCCGGGGCCGCCCGUCCGCAGCCUGCUACAGCGCCCAUCGGCUCACAUAACCAGUUCAUUCCGUUACAGGUGACGAAGAAGCGAGUCUCUACGAGCAAAAAAGGCCAGGACACCCGAGAGUUCUACAGCGCCGCCCACACAGUAUCCAGGAACCAGACACAGAAGGCCCAGCACCAGCCGCUGGCUCCGGUUGACCCCCAUGGCGCUAAACACAACCAGCCACACCAGUACUCCGCCAACAGCAACCAAACCCCGGGCAGUCCUGGCUCAGUGGGCGCUGCUUCCACAACAGCUGCCCUGCACACGCCCCCUCGGCAAAACGUGCCAGUGACAGGCCACACCCCCGGCUCCUCCUCCAAGAGGAAGCACAGGAAGCUGGCUGUCAACUUUGAGGCUGCUAAAGUCUCUGAGUGAUGAAGUGUGUGUGUGUGUGUGUGUGUGUGUGUGUGUGUGUGUGUGUGUGUGUGUGUGUGUGUGUGUGUGUGUGUGUUGUUUUAAAGCCUAACUGCAUCUCUGAUUGAAAAGUUGCGGAUUAAAUUUUCUUUAAUAUGUUGUGACCAUAAGUAACUCAGUUCACUUUGACUCCAAACACCAGAUUAAAGUAUCAGACGACACAACGGGUCGUCGAGGGGACAUGGCCAUCAAAGUGUUACGUUGCCUACAAGGCGCUGGUGUGUUUGCAAGAGUGGGGUGCAUUCUGGGAUGGAAGAGAUGGCGCUUAUCAAUGAAGGCCAGUUUUCUGUGUUUGGAGUCUCUGCUGUUGCCUUAGUUUCUGAUGGAUGGAGCUCCCUCCGUCCCACUGCGGGUGUGCGGUGGAGCUUAGAUCGAUGGGUCCUGGCUCCUUUCUCUGCAACAGAGACUACUUCCUGCUUCAGCUAGUUUGGCCUCAUGCGAUGUUGCGUUUAGUUUUUGUCUGUGGGUCGGUGUAUCAAUUAUGCAUAAAAUGGGGCCUUCUAUCAUGGCUGUGCUCGUAAAAACUGCUCCGUUUGUAGAAGAGAAACGUGCUUUGUGGUUUGGAUCAGUGGUGUCAUCAUGCCAGCGUUAUUUUAAUGUCACCUUUGGUUUGUUCUCCCCCUCAUUUCGCAUCAUGCUCGAUGGCUUUGUCUUUCCUUCAGACUUUCAAUGCCUCGUAGUGGAUUUUCUGUACACUUUUCUGUUUUUUUUUUUAUGGUUUGAUGACUUAAUAAAUGAAAUGCCACCGCUGCACAUAUUGCAGAAUUAUCACAUGGAAAAUAAUACACACACACACACUACAUGCACUGAUGUUGUUUUUCACCGGCACAUGGACUCCAGAACUACCUAAAGUGUUGAAAUUUUAUAAACUGGAGCUUGUGAGGGAGUCCUUUAUCUUUUAAUUGUGUUGUCGUUUACGAACUCGAUGAGUUCUGCCGUACUUAUGGGAAAGAAUUCCUAUGCAGCUGAUCUUUGAUGACCUUUAACCUCAAGUCAUAGCUCUAAGGCGCUGCCACUAGAUUAGUUAUUUUCUAUCUAAGUUGAGAGCAAUAUAACGGUGCCAUGUGAUGGGGACUGAUAUAUUCCAGACGGACAGAAGGUGGCGGGUGAGCGCGACUUGUCAGACAUGCAGGCGUCAGCGUUUUGGAUGAUUUUCUAAAGCUGCUCUGCUCAUUUUGAAAUUCUCUGCUUUAUUGCACAUCUGUGUACAUCUUUACACACGCAUGUAGAAUUGAUACAUUUUACGUUUUCUUUUCUGACCUAGGUUUUAUGGAUUUCCCUUUUAUGGUGUUUGUGUGUUUUGUGUGUCGGCAGCGGUUGUGACUAGUCAAGUGUCUUUAGCUUGUCCUUGUUUUAAAGAAACUGCAUCUUUUUAACAUGAGCAUCUUUUAAAAAUGUUUGGAAAUUCAAGCACACCUGUUGGAUAUAGUUUUUCUUUUUUUUUGGAGGAGGGGGGGGCUACAUGAAACAAAUUAGAUAAUUCUCAAUAUGAAGACAAAAUGACUUGCUGUUUUGAUCCAGGAAUGUGCUGUACAUAUCCAUUUAAUAAAGUCAAUUUUUUGUUA